AUGGUGCGGCGCUUAGUGUUCUGUUCACCGAGUUCUGUGUCGGUAGUCCCGCUGAUAUCGGUCCAGCCCUUGCCCGUGACACCAUCGGACACUGAUCCUCUGCCCGUUGGCGUUAAUACCGUCGACGCUGGCCCUGUCGCGGCCAGCCCUCUUUUCGGCGCAACUUCCGUCGGUGACGGCCCUGUCACGGGUGGAUAUUUUGUCAUCACCAAGACUGUCGACAACGACGUCAGCCCUAUGAUAGGUCCGGACGUCUCAGACCCCAUUAACGCCGCCUCCCUCGUCUUCGUCAAGCCUACCAGUCCGUUCGUCAGUCCAUGCAUCGCCGGUCCUGUCUCAGCCGGGCCACCUGUCAUUGCUCAGCCUGUUGGUGAUGAUGUCCAACCUCUCGUCUGUCCGUGCGUCAUUGGCCCUGUCGUGACCGAUCCUCCUGACGUCGGGCGUCCUGUCUACGAUGCAGCAAGCCUUCCAGUCAGUCAUGUCGUUACCGGCCGUGUUAUGAUCUAUCCUGCUUCAGCAGCCGUGUCGACGACGACGCCAGUCCUGUUGCCGCUGGCCAUGUUACGGCCAGCCUUUACUGUUGUCAUCAGUCCAGUCGAUGCCGAUUACAACUGUCUUCUAGUGUGCCCGUCGCGUGCCUUGCCCCAGCAGCCCUCUCGCCGCCGCUCCUCCACCACCGCCGUGCUUGCGGCUGGCCCCAUCGUUCCACUGGCGUCGUCUCGGCCGCCCCAGCAGCUGCUCCUGUUGUUCCUGCUAGUCUAG